AUGCUCAGCACUGUCUUUUCUACAGAUGUGGGCAAUGGGGCUCCAGCCGGAGCCGUUCUGCUGAUCCUGGACGCCGGAAUGCAGAAUCUUCCAUGGGAAAGCCUGCCCUCCCUCAGGCUGCAGAGAAUCUAUCGUAUGCCCAGUCUGGCAUGCGCUGCCGCUUUGGCUAAAAGGCAAAGGCGGGAGGGCGGCUUCCAGAAGCCAGGAAGACGCAGCAUUGCAGAGAAGGGAGCUGGGCAAGGGAAUUUCCAGGGACUGCGAGUUGCCAAUUUGCGGAAUACAUUCUUCAUAUUGAACCCGGAUGGAGACCUGACCACCAGGCAGUCGGAGUUCAAAGAAUGGUUCGGCGCGCAAGCGGACUGGGAGUUCAAGGGUACCGCUGGCCGCGCCCCCACACCCUUGGAGGUAGAACGGGCGCUGCAGCACAAUGACAUGUUCUUCUAUCUCGGCCACGGAAGCGGCUCAAAGCACCUGAAAUCCAAACAGGUGGCCGGGCUGGAAUGCAGGGCUGUUGGCAUGGCCAUGGGGUGCAGUAGCGGAAGGCUCAAGGACCAGGGCGCGUACGAGCCUGCUGGACACGUCUUGAACUACAUUUUGGCAGGAAGCCCUGUCGUCGUGUCCAACCUGUGGGCCGUGUCUGAAGGCGACAUUUGGAGGUUCAGCCAGAGCUGCCUCAAGGCAAUGAAGGAGAGCAUGGAGCCCCUGUGCGUCGCGGGCGCUGUGAGCGAAAGCCGCUCAGCGUGCCACCUGAGGCAUUUGGUGGGGGCUGCGCCUGUGUGUUGGGGAAUACCAACCGCUGUGGCAGGUUUCUCUGGGGACUGGCGAGCCGAAAGAUGA